CUGAAUCAGAAAGGGGAGACCUCGACUGCCUUAGGAUUGAGACAGACUCCUGUUAAUCUGAAGAAGAUGAUUCAAUCUGUCAUCUCAUCUGAUAUUGCCUGGAUACUUGGUUAGUCGAGAAAAUUUGAACGAAAAGGGAGGGAUUUUAGAAGACUUGCUAUGCAAGAAUCGACUAAUUCCAAAACGCUAUGGAGGCUGAUUUCCGUAAUUAUCUACUGGUGCUUUACGCCUGUACGGGACUUUUACAAAUGAUCGUUGUUUCUUUCAUUACUGAAUGUAUAGAGAUCUACCACAAGAUGCUCUCUGUAUGAGGAACCUGACCAGAUGCAAGUUACUUCAUGAAUUUGUUCCUGUACAGUUCAGAAAGUUUCUUCAGCAAAUACAGUCCGGAAGAUCCCAAGGAAUCGAAUUUAACACGAGAAUUGAUUUUCAAAGAAGCUGAUGUUGUAGCGUGCCCAUCGAUAGAUGUGACCCUUCCUAUAAAGGCCAUUAUUCCAAAAGACAAAAUUCACUGUAAUGAAUUCAGAAACAAUUGCAAAAAAAUGUGCUUCGAAAUAGUAUCAGAGGAAGAAACUACAAUAGCAACAUUGCAAGAGUGUCUUCAGUAUACAUUUACAGUUAAAAUGGCCCCUUCAUGGAACAUUGUAGAAAAACUUUUAGUAAGAGGUUCUGAUUUCUUGAUUUCUGAGGGCCCCUUGAAUGGUGUGAGAAUGGAAAUUUUUGUAACUCAUCGAGAAAUCAGCCUCUGCCUUCAACCUACCUGCGUAAAACUUCCCAUGGUGAAGAUCAAACAAUAUAUAAAACUUGAACAAAUGACAUCUUCUUUCAUGCAUUUAGAAGAGAAGUGCUAUGUUUUACCAAGCAUGAAGCAAGGAAUGAUAACUGCAGUGUCAAAAAUUCCCCAAAUUACAAAAAGCUUCAAUAACUAUUCUGAGAUACAGAAAUAUUGGAAAGAUAUGGAUAUGAAGCCAAGAGUUGGAACAACAUAUGUUAUGAAGACAAAUGUACCUUAUAGGAAAGAGUUGCCUAUUGCUUCAACUCCAAUUGGUGAAGUAAAAGGAUCUGAUAAGAAAACAUCACAUGAUAACGAUGCCUUUAAUAGAUCUGUGCAAAAUCAAUCACAUGUACAAAACAAUAUAUUCUCAAGCACUGCACAAAGUCAAAAUUUUAAACAUACUGAUAUAGAUGAUUCUUCCUUAUUAGACACUAAUGAAAAGAAAAACAAAUAUGCUUCAAAAAAACUUUUAUUGCAUUCUAAUAUUCUUCAAUCUCCUGCUAAAGAUGUGUCAGAAAAAAAGUAUGCUCCAUACUUUAUUCCAAUUCGACCUAAGACUGAAACUCAAUGUGCAAAGUUACCAAGUCCAACUUGCCAUUUUCCGCUUAAAUUUAACCUAUUAAAGUCAGCUAUUAACUCCUCAAAGUUAUCAACAAGAUUUUCGAAAACAAUUACAAAAUAAAAAAAAACGUGUUAAAACGAAAAUUAAUUCAAAUUAAA